UAUAACAUAAGCUUGAAAAGCUCGAUUACUCAUCUCUCAAUUUGUUAAAUACUCGAUAAGGAAUUCGGUUUCAUGAAAGUGAUUUCUGUUGAGAUCUUAAGCAAUACAUUUAACAAUAAGGUAAAUCGAUUUCUGCCUUCAAUGAUGACUACCAAGAGAACAGUUGUAAGUAAGGUCAGCCUGAAUAGUGACCCCCAACAAGCAGGCGAUGAAUCUUGUCUGACGUCACAGAACCUUCACACCAUCCUGAUGGACAAUGACGUCAGCCCUGAUGUAUCUGGGUUGCUUGAUGAUGUUAUGAAUGUGAUCUAUGAUGAGGUACCUCGGUCAGUGUUGCAGGAAUUGGUAAAUACUGACACCAUGGUGGUAAAGAAAGGAGUAUCUCCAUCACUGCAACAACGUUCUGAAGCAAUGGAAGCUCUGUAUCCCUCAUCAGAAGAUGAACAAUACCAAGUACAAGGCACCGGUUCCUGCAGCAGUCAAACGUUUGCUAAGGAUGCAGAGAUUAAUGUUUUGGCAAUCGGGAUAGGUCGUCACGAGGUCAGUUUGGACUUUGCCAAAACGGGUCCAUUUUCUGCAGAGGGGACCGGAAGUGCUGGGCACUGCACUCCUUCAUGCAAUGACCACAUCACACAAAGGGCCUACAAUGACCUCAUCGCAUAUCUGAAGGGUCCUGGUCAUUCAACGGACGGUCAUUUCGAAGAUACCAACAAAGACAUCCAAAGGAGCUCGAUACGUGGUGGUACUGAAACGCCCUUACUCCAGAAGUCAAUUGGAACCCUCAGCCAUGUAACCAUGGCAACAGAGGAGGGGAGGUCGGAGGACAAAAGCCAUCAGGCCGCCGAUCACUGUGACGACGCACUGGUUCGGAGACGUGUACAAAACAGGAAGGCGGCAAAGAAAUGCCGAGACAAGCGACUACAGAACCUGAAGGACUUGGAACAGAGGGUGAAACUUCUCCUCCAACAGCGCAGCGACUUAACAGAAGUAAGACAACGGCUUCUGCAAGUUCGGACAAGGUUGAACCAAAACAGCCGUGUAUAACACGGAUCAAAUCCCUCUUCUUUCAUUGUAAUAACAGAAGUUGAAUAAUACCGGAAGUUGAAGGCAGGUUUCUGCUGAAUGACUGUGUACGGGCUUCCUGAACAUGCGCAGACAACCAAAUCAUGACGGAAGCCACUGAUAACCCAAGCCGAGAACACAAAAACGAUUGCUGAUACAGCGUUAAGAAAUAACUGCUCUGCAUUGUUUCCGAGGAAGACACAAGUCACAUAAUUGAAUUUAUAUUAUCAACAUGCAAAAAAUAUAAAGUUUGAAAUCA